AUGUCACCCGAAUCAGAGGUUGCAGUCUUGUUGCAACCCAGAGGGCUUUUGCAUCGUUUCAUCCGCCAUAGAGACUUGUCCUCUAUAGUGGAAAGACCUGAACGUUUGAGGGCAGUCGCCAUCGGCAUUGCCGCAGCUCGGGCUGCUUUGGAAGUGCAGAGGGACAGGGCAGAUCCUGCCCUUGGCGUGACGGAUGGCCUCGUUGACGCAAUACUGAAGCUGAGGAUCGAUGGAAUAGAAAGUACUGGAGGUAUUGCUUUUCAUAUCCUCUCCGCCAACUUCUCGUCGAAUAGUUUGGCAUCUGCCGCUGUGCGAUUCAUUCACGGAGAACCCAGUGAAUAUCUUUCCAAGGUGCUGUCCUGGGCGUUGAAUAGCGAGGAUGUGAUCAGAAGGGGCGAGAGCGAGAUUCCGAAAGGGUUUUCUCAAGGCGACUUAUACUUGUGCCCACAGUCCAUAGAUGCUCUUUCUGGCGCAGUAUCAGCCGUUUUCCAAGCUGUAGAUAUGGUUCUUGGAUCUAAGGUUACAAACAAAGUUGGAACAGGUUCCUCUGCUGAAGGGUGUACAAUACCCGUAUCCAGUACGUCGUCCGCUCACGAUUCACCUUCCGCGGACAACGCAGUCUUGGAAACAGCUCAUCCGUCCCUUGAUGAGCCGCAACAGGUGCCUCUCCCUCCGUCGCCCACGGGAACGUCAGCGGUUGGUUAUUCCAACGUCAAGAGGGUCUUUGUGUGCAUCCGACCACCAGGCCACCAUUGCUCGGAUGAUACCCCCUCCGGUUUCUGCUUUAUAAACAAUAUACUCAUCGCAGCCUCACACGCGCAUAUUCGUUAUGGAAUAAAAAGGGCUGUUAUCCUUGAUAUUGAUCUACACCACGGAAAUGGAACCCAAGCAAUCGCCUGGUCGAUCAACGCGGAAACCGCCAGAGAGGAGGAAUCUAAUGUUUUGACUGAGGAGGGGCGAGACCUGCCGGGAACUGGACUGAAGGUCUUUUACGGCAGCUUACACGACAUAUUAUCUUUUCCGUGUGAAGAUGGGGAGCCGAAGGCAACUCAAGCUGCCUCCACAAUAUUGCGUGGCGCCCACGGGCAGUACAUCGAAAACGUCCAUUUAGAAUCUUACACAGACGAAGCGGACUUUUUCUUGAGACUGUACCCCUCCUAUCUCAACACUCUUCUUGGAGGUGCGCGCGAGUUCCUGGAAGCCACGCAAGCAACGUCGGAAGAUACCAUGGUAUAUAUCAGCGCUGGAUUUGAUGCAUCUCUCCAUGAGCAUCCCUACAUGUCUCGCCAUAAUAGAAAUGUCCCUACGGCAUUCUAUUCUCGUUUUGCGGUUGAUGUGAGAGCAUUUGCGGAAGAGUGCUGCAACGGAAGGAUUGUAGCUGUUCUUGAAGGUGGCUACAGCGAUAGAGCACUGAUCAGUGGCAGUGGUGCAUUCAUGCAAGGAUUGGCUGUUGAUUCCGCCCAGCAGUUAGCAACUGACUGGUGGAAUGUGAUCGCCUGA